AUGGGACAAAAAGAGGAGGGUGGAGGAGGGAAGAGGAUAUUCCUCACCAAAAACUACCUUACCAAGCACAUCCGCACCAAACACGCGAAGGACAGACAGAAGUAUAUUUGCGAUAUGUGCGACUUCACGACGUACAACAAACCCAGUAUAGUGAUGCAUAUCAAGUACGGACAUAACUAUGAUAAUAAGACUGAAUGCAAAAUAUGUGGCAAAAUAUACAAAAGCAAGACUUUCCUGAAACUACACUACAAGAAUACACACAACGUGUCUAUGAAAACCAAAUCGAAGACCCUGCCCAAUAUACAGAUAAAAGAAGAGCCGCUGGAUCCCGUUCCUGAUUUGGAGAUAGAUUUGCUGGACAUUGAAAAGGAGGAACCGUUCACAGGCUACGACUCAGAGUACACCGAUAGCAUGGCAGCGUUCGACAAGGAAGAGAACGAACGGCGUUUACGCGUACUGUUCAAGAAGAUGAUACACGACCCUGACUUAGAAGAACACGGUGAUGGAGCUAUGGACCAUAUCGACACAGCCAAGAAGGAGAAUAAAACUGAAGACACUCCUGACUCUCCAAAGAACACUAAAAUGCCAUUUGAAGACACUCAACAGAACACCACAAUACCACUUGAAGAUACUUCACAGAAGUCCACAAUACCACGUGAAGACACUCUGCAGAACACAGCAAUGCCAAUUGAAGACACUCCGCAAAACAUUACAAUUCCAUUUGAGCACACUCCGCAGAACACAACCAUGCCACUUAAAGAUACUCCACAGAAUGCCACAAUACAAUUUGAAGACACUCCACAGAACACCAUGAUACCAUUUGAAGACACUCCACAGAAUGCCACGAUGUCAUUUGAAGACAUUCCUCAAAACACAGCCAUGCCACUGGAGGAGUUGAUCCAGCAAGACACGCUGCUAUUGGUAGUGGGAGAUGGACAGAAAACUUUACAGGAACAAGAAUCAACUAAAAACAUGCUAGAAGAAGAAAUUCCACCUAAAACUCCAGAAACAGUUUCUAUGGUGGAAGAAAUGAAGCAAAUGGAUGAAGAAGAAAAAACUGAACAAUCGACGCCGACGCCUGAGGAUGAUAACUCAACAGAAUCGACUGAAGUGGCUGAGAAUCGAACUGAAGACGCGCCGGCCGGCCCUAUGCCAGUCGAGGAGUUCAUCCAACAAGUCAUGGGGGACAUGGAAGACCCACAGCAAGAAGAAGACGACACGUACACUCUAGACAAGGAAUCCGAGGAGUUCGUAAGGAAACGAAUCCGAGAACUGUUGACGAACCAACGGAUUUUGGACCGAGAGUCGCGUAUUGGAUUCGGACGGAAGAUGCUGAAGAGAAUCUCACGAGACGAAAUGGAGACAUCCCAAAUAAAACCACGAGUAACUCGAGCCGUCGAACCAAACACUGAAAACAUUAUUUCAGAAAUAAAAAACAAAGAAAAACAGGCAAGAAAAGAGGCAAGAAAGGCCAGAAGGGAAGAAAAGAAGAUAAAAAAGAAAAGAAAACGCAAAACUAAAGUCAAGAGUGACAAGGAUAGCAAGAGUGGAGAGAAAAAGACGGAAAAGAAUAAUAAAUACGAUCCCAAAUUGAUCUUUAAUAUGUUCCAGUGUAAUGUUUGUUUUAAGCUGUUCCAAACCAAACCUGAAUUGAUGGAGCACUGUCAAAUACACUUUGACGUAUGCAGCGACACAAUGCUCAUGAAAUGUCCGCUCUGUGACUACGUCACGGAAAGAAACAUACGAAAACACAUGAAAACAGUACACAAGGAAGACGUAAAAAUAUCCUUUUUAAGUAUACUCGAUCGGAAAGAGACAACAAAUAACUCUAGGUAUUAUUACGAGACAAAAAAUGACAAUGCAAAAGAAUUGGAUAUCAUACCUAGUAUCAAAAUAUUGAAUAAGAAAGCUGGUAUGGAUUUGGAUAGGAAGAACAGAGAAAUAAAGAAAAAAUCUAUGUCUACUUCUAAAUUGGUUAAAAAAGGUAAAGAAUGGAUUGUGGAGACGCAAAAAUUCGAUGUAUCAGGUUAUGUUUUGCCUAAUUCGAGUGAGUUGGAUAAAAAUGAUGCAGAUUAUUUGAAGAAGUUGAAGAAAUUGGGGAUUGAAGCGAAGAGAAAAGGCGUUAAAAUGUUGUACCCCUGUAAUAAAUGUGAAAAAGUAUGCCAAAAUCUGAGUGCGGUUACUUUGCAUGGCAGAACGCAUGAUCCGAAUAAAAAACCUUUUAGGCCUAAAGUAUGGAAACACAAGACAAAUAACUCUAAUAAUAAUGCUAAUCCUGAGAAAAAUGAAGACGUGACUGCAAAAAUAAAUAAUCGAACGGCGAAGCCUAAACCGAUCGUAAAUAAACACAAAUGCGACCCAAAACUGAAGGAUUUUUAUGAGAAAAAUAUUAGAGGCUUGAAUAUAGAAUUUUGGCAGUUUUUGAAGAUUUUCAACAAGAUGGAGCGAGAAAAGAUAAAUGAUUUUGACGAUUUGAAAAAUUCUACAGAAUAUGGCAUUGGACAUGUUAACUAUUUAUAUGAUGCCCCAAGUAACAGUCAGACUGAUAUUAAUACAGAAAAAGAAAUAAAUAUCAAAGAUAAUAAGCUAAAAAAUACCAGUAUGGCGUCUAAUAAAAAUAAAAAGCUAAGUGUUACCAGUAGAAAUAAUUCAAAAGUUGCCAGCAAUAAAGCUAAGUUCACAAGGACGAUUAGAUUAAGCAGAUUUGAGCAUAAUAGAAGGAUGGAAUUGCAGAAGAAAUUGAGGGAGAAAAUAGCUAAUACAGAAAAUACUGAAGACUAGACCCCGUGGGUUCUUUCGUAUUUCACGAGUAACAGAUUGUUAUGACCGUGAUCAUAAAACCUGGGCCCCAGUUGCGCUAAAAUUUUUCCAACAGCAACGCGUUUGGACGGCGAACGAACAUCAGCUGUUUUGACAACGCCUCGGAGUAAAAGCUGACAGAAGGCUACUUUUUCUCAAACGCAAUUCAAACGCGUCACGAAUAUUUGCUGUUUAGUAAUUUUAGUUUAAAAAACAAGGUGUUCGAAAUUUAAUGGAUAUUGCAUAAAUCCAUUGUGUUGUCUUUGUUUGCGCGUGAACUUGCCGAUAUACCUAAUUGCACAUCAGCUGGAAUGAAAAAGGAGCGUAACUGGAGAUGAAGCGCGAAUGAAUUGGAGACAUUACACAUUAGCGCAAUCGGGACUCUGUGGUCGUAUCGAUGAGAUUCGUAGAUUUGUGUCCCACCGAUAGUCGAACCAAGGAUUUCCGUAUCUGAUCACUUAGCACUGAUUGAUGUAGGCAGUAGGUAAUGUAAUAUUUAAAGUUCCUAAUAUUAAAACGCAUAAUUAUUAUACUACUACACUCGCGAGCAAAAAUAUGGAAUCACCCUAUUUAUUCCGAGCGAUCAUAAGAACUAAGUGUCUAAUAGAAGAUCAAUAAAAAUGGUACCAUUUUA